AUGGAGCACCAAUCAUUGCCAUCCAUAAGGCAAGGUACUACAAGAGGAAAGGACGGCUUGGCCUUGGGCCCCGGUCCAUUUGUUACAGCACUGGAGUAUGCUACUGACACCAAAGCCACCGUGGUUGGGAAACCGGAGAAGACUUUCUUCCUGGAGGCCUUGAGGAGCACAGGCUGCAGCCCAGAGGAGGCCGUCAUGAUCGGAGAUGACUCCAGGGAUGACAUCGGAGGGGCACAGAACACCGGAAUGUUGGGCAUCCUAGUUAGAACAGGAAAAUACAGAGAAGGAGAUGAACAGAAAAUAGAGCCGGCGCCACACCUGACCUGUGCAAGUUUCCCGGAAGCCGUGGAUCACAUCUUAAAGGAUCUGCUAUAA